CGCCAGUGCCGCAGUAGCCGCUGCCCUGCCUCGCCGCCCGCAGCCCAGCCCGGACCGGCCGCAAGAUCUCUUGUGUCCUCAGCACCGUCCCUUGAAAUGACACGGAACCACAGAAGGAAAGGGCAGCCUUCAGAUGAACAGAUGGAUGUUCCUCACUGAGGCAUGGUGGCAUGUCUCCUUCAGUGCCCUACAUCAAUAAUUGAAAACACUUCUGAUCUUCUCUUGGACUUGCACUGGGGAACACAACCUUGGGAGGAGAGGAACCUGCAAAACAGCUUGUGACAAAAGAAGAAAAUGGUGCUGAAAUAAUCUUAAAAGAGUGGCCAGUUGAGCAGAGCAUGGAGUGAACAACUUGAUGGAUGACCAACAAGAUAAGGAAUGUGCCUCGGAAGACCAAGAAACAAUCUUGAUUAAUGGGGUGAAAGAGGAUGAAUCGAGCAAUCUGGAUGGUGACGACAAACCCCUCCAUGGGGCAGCGGACGCUGCAGCCCCCUUUCUGGCCGUGACGUCCACAGGAGCAGCUCAGAAAGAAAGCCGAUCCCAGCCAGCUCCGACUUCCAAGAAGGCCUGUUGGCUGAGCCCUCCUUCCCCCCUGAGACUGGCUGAUGUCCCCGACCACAUUUCCGAUGACUCCUCCUCCGUCCAUGCCAUUUCCCUCACCUCAUGCGUCACGAAGGGCAUGAGCGCCUGGUCCCUGCCGGGAGACUGUGAGAAGGCCCCCUUCACCAUGAUGGAGCCCGGAAGCAUGUCUGCCUUCACUGGCGACUGCCUGAUGCAGCCGAGUCGGACUUGCCUGGGUUGCUUUAUUGAGUCGAAGGACAGCCUGGAUCCAGAACCCGGCAUAAGCCUGAAAGUGGGCGACAUAAAUAGGGAUUACGACACCUGUUCGGUCUCUGACAUUGGGAUCCACUGCAUGAGCACGGGAGAGACCAUGCGAUACGGGGACCAGCUUCUUUCUGACCAGCUUUUAAGCUUCCCCGUGCAUAAAUCGAGAGCAGCCGACAAACGGGAGGCAGAGAAAUCCGACAGUGACUCGGAGGAUCCGACUCAGAAAAACUAUUACGAGGGAUUACUUUUGGACAAGUGCAAUGGGGAGGAACCUUUACUAACCAACCCCAACCAGGAAUGGGGUUAUUUUGAAUCUUUCAUCAGUGAAAGCAAAAUCGAGCUCCUUGACCUUUGCUCCAAAAAUGAGCUCUCUGUAAAUCUGUUUUCCGAGGAGGAUGUGGAUAAUUACAUGUUUGAUGAUGAUGAUUCAACCUUGGGAAGUGAUGUCUGCUCUUUAAAGAUUCGUUACGAAUCCUUCCAGGACAAUGUGAAGGAGAAAACAGGGGGCCUGCAAGAGGACACCCAGUUUAACUUCUUCCCCAGCGUGUUUAGCGGGUGUCCAAAAAGGGACAGUAGGACUGCUCUGAAGAGGGGACCCCGAGGGGCAACUGAUCCUUCCCAAUUCAAAUCUGAGGAGACCAUCAUCUGGGGGGAAGAGGAGGGGGAUGGACAUCAGGAGGAGGAGGAGGAAGAGGAGGAAGAGGAGGAGGAAGACGAAGAGGGAGGUGAAAGUGAGAAAGUUGCCUUAAACAAAUCUUGCACCAGUACAGAACUUGUACAGUACAUCAGUCCCAAAAGAAAUCACUUCUUGGAACUGGUGAACUCCACAGAGGACUCAGGGGAGUCCAGCGAUGACAGCACCUGCACCGAAUCAUCUUUUGAUGUGCUUCAAGACCUGAAGGACUGCAACAAGUAUCUACCCCGGGACCACUCCAAUUCCUUCAUCCAACAGAACUACGGCCUGCGAGCCAAAAGGAAAGUGCGAUAUAGCGAAGACUACCUUUAUGACGUGGAUUCCAUCGAGAGCGAGAAGAUCGUGGACAAGAAGGAGUGGAUCCCAGACGGUCCCAAGGAAGAAGACGAUGAUGACUGGUGCCCCAAGAAGAGGCGGAAAGUUUCUCGCAAGGAGCCCCCUGUCAUCAUCAAGUACAUCAUCAUCAACCGGUUCAAAGGAGAGAAGCACAUGUUAAUCAAGCUUGGCAAAGUCGACCCCGGCGAGAUGACGGUGACCUUGAGCGAGGAGUUGUUGAGCAAAUAUGCCAGGUUGGCCCCCCUGAAGUCGUUUUGGCAGGAGAGGUGGCAGACCCGGCUCAACUUCCUCAAAUCUGCCCUCUACCAGAAGCAGAGUUUCUAUCUCAACGGCUCCGAGGUGGCCUUCCUGUCCCACCCACGCAAGCGCAAGGGCAAGAUAGCCCACCGGCACCGGAUCCAGAGGAUCAAGGCCAUCGAGCAGCCCGUGGGCAAAGGCAGCUCUUGCUCAUCAGAAUCCAAGCAGCUCUGUUGCAGGAUCACAGACGAGGAAGGGGGCCUGAAGGGGAUCCGGGCCAUGGCCAUCGCGUCCCCCAGCUGCGUCAAUGGCCUCCAUUUGAGCGACAUCGCUGGCCUGGCCCUCCCUCGAGGCAAAGCCCAGGAGAGGGAAUUCAAAGGGCCCGAGAGAAAAGUCUUGCGCAGGAUCAAAUUCAAAAGUGAGGCCAGGUUGAAAUGCAAGCGACUCAAAGCUGCCACCGCUCUGGCUGAGGUUUCGGCAGCCUUGGAGAGCCCAGAGUCGGCCACGGGGUUAAAGGACAAAAGUGCGCCUUGUGCUGCAGAUGGCUCUCCUCUCUCAGAGAGCCAGGAGGACAAACUGGCAAAAAAUGCCCUUUCCUUCCUACCCACCACCUGCACUUCAGACAAGCCAGCCGCAUCUGCUAAUCUGGCAGCAAACGUGCCCCUCAUCCCUGGCGGGUACCUGCAGACGUUACUGGAUGCCUCCGACUUGUCCCACAGCACUGGGAUUGCGUACUUCAGUCCUGCCUCCUCGGAGCCGCAGCAGCAGCAGCAGGAAACCCUCCCCAGCCUCGUUCAAGCAGAGAAGGCCUUCUGUGCCCUGCAGCCUGCCCAGAGCUGCAUUUUGUCCCCACCGUCCGAAUCAGAGUUACAGCAGUCCCCGAGUCCCCUGGAGAUCGAGCCCAGCAACUUCCAAAGUGUUUGGCCGGCCGGCAAGGCAGGCAGCCCGAGCAGUCAAGGCUUUGCUGGGCAGCUCCCAGAUGCCUCCCUGCUUUCGGCCGUAGAGUUUGGGAACUGUGCAGGGUCGGAUGGCCUGCCAGCCUCGGGAUACACCCAGGUCCAUCUGAGCAACAGCAAGUUAUUAUACCAAAAAAAAUUCCUCCUGGAGGGCCAGCAGUUGCAGUCAGAUGACUCCUACCAGUCUUGUCCCUUCGGUAACCGAGAGGGGAAUUUCCCCUUCCAGAGGGGCACGCUCAGCACCGAUGACGGGAGACUUGUGAGCUUCGAUUCGGUGGGCUCCCUUUCCGCCGCCUCUAGCAACUACAGCUCCUUGAGUUUAAAGUCUUGCGAGAAGGAUGGAGAUGAUGAAAUUGCUGAUGACUUCUUAGCCCACUGCAGCCCCAAACUGGUGAUUCAGCAAAGCAUCGAUGAAAUAACGCCCUUGAAGGAGUCCACCGAUCUUCUAGAUAUUUCUAACUUCACCCCCGACAAGUUCCGCCAGUCGUCCCUUUCGGAAAUGUCUCCUCCGGAUACCCCCAACCUUUCCCCACAAAUUGCCGGGCCAGAAACUAAAACCCUGGGGAAUAUGAAGUGUUUCCCGGACGGCUCCCAAGUGGGGUUAAGCAACACCGAGAAGGUGAACUGGAGCUGUGGUGUUCUUCAAGCUCCAGACCAGGCGGAUAAUGGAUUCACUUUAAAUAAUCACCAGUUUCAGUUCCAUAUGUUCACCGAUGAGGAUUCUGUCAGCCUCCUCGAAAAAAACCCAUCCUUGUCAACUUUUAAUGAGCCAUCUGCCCAAGUUAGCACCAAUAGCAAAGCGACAAAAUCCAAGAGGAGAAGUUCAAGUAAUAAAAAUUUGGGUGCCAACCAAAGCCCAACCCAGAAAAACGUUCGGAAAAAAUCCCCCAAAGCCAACAAAGGCUCUGAAAAGGCCCCCAGCAGAAAUUCCAGGCAGUCUCCCAAAACUUCAAGGAAAGGGAAAAACGGGGCAGGGGUUAAUGGGGAAAAGACCCUCGCCCUGGGCGAUAGAGUAGCUGGUCUCUUGAACAGUUCACACUCCUCGUCAAAAACGUUAAUCGAGUCCAUCCAGCAGGGCAGCCCAAACGCCCUCCGGAUAGGGAAGGCCAACGGUCUGUCCGGGGAAUGGCCGCUGGGGAAGGACAGCAGCGGUGGCUGGUCCGAAACCAGCAUAGGAAGUGCCAACAGCCUUCUUGAUGAUGAUCAAAGAGAAUUUGAGGAGCCGUCCAACAUUUUGUCAAACAUUGCAUCUGGCAUGGCAGAUGUUCAGAGAUUUAUGAUGGCCUCCAUCGAGCCCUUGUGGGGGCCUGUCGGCCACAGCGAUGUCUCUGAUCUCUUCCGAUCGCCCGAAUCAAACAGUCUGAAACUGAAAACUCUUAAGAUCCUGGCUGGCACGUCUCCCGAGUCGAAGAAGAAGGUCAACGGCAGCUCUUCGGGAGCGGGACGCAACCACAAAUCGGGGAACAAGGGCUUGAGUAAAACCGGCAGCCGAGCUGCUCCGGGCGAUCCAGGACGUUCCAGUUCAUCGGCCGGCUACGCCACAGACAUUCAUUCUCCUUUUUUUGAUAAAAGCUAUAGUAACCUGAGCACUUUAGCCAAAAAUGAACCUACCCAUAAAAAGCUCUACCGACACAAAUCCACGUCAAAGUCCCUGCGUGACGAGAACUGCAAAGUCAAGCGGGCAGAGAGAGAGCAGGGCCACAAAGGCCCAACCACAGUAGUUUCCUUUGAAAAACUGAGGGAUACAGACUACAUUCUUCUUAAGGCAGAAACAGCAUUUGGGGGUUUACCUGUGUUUGGAGAAGAGCUGCUGUCUUUUUCUAGGAAGAAGUUUGGAGUUUGCUUGGUUUCCCAACCCUUCCCCUGCCCCCCUUUAUUUAAUUCCCCUUUGUUUACCCCACGUCUUUCUUUUGCUCAAAAAGAGGAAAAAAUGCAAUGCCUUGUCAUAUGUCCAAGUGUUUAAAGUGCUGAAAUGGAAAGUUAGAAGUGGUGAGAGCUUUGGAAGCCAAUCUCCUUCCCCUUUUCCAAAGGCCUCUUCUUGUACGAUAAUCGCUGCCCUCUGACCAACACCACAAAUUGUGCCAAACUCCAAGUGUUGUACUGUACAUACUUUUACAUCUCUUCUGGGUUGUGAAUGUUUGGUGGUGCUUUUUCUUUCUUGAUUUCUUUUUUUUUUUAAUUUGACGAUAAACAUUCCGGUGAAACAAUUGGCCAACUCUCUUAGGCAGCCGCCGCCACCCAAAAGUUGAGGAUCUGUUUGCUCCUGAGGUACUGAAUGUUUUACGGACCUACCUGAGUUCUUCUCUGUGCCAAAUUGACUUACCUCAUUGAAUGGCUGUUUUCCUGUAGCUUGCAACUCUAAAGGAGGUGGGGAGAAGGUGGGAGAGGCUUUAAAAAAAUAGGGAUAGCUGGGCCCUCUCCAAAAUCUGAACGAAUACAGAUAUAUAUACAAAUAGAAAACAAGAUAGUAAAAAAAAAAUAAUUAUAAUAUUAAUCACUCAAAGUAACAGAAUUGGAAAUUCAAGCGAUUGCAUUUAGUGGUUUUAAAAGCAGCUGUUUUUCUAUCACCUGUUUUGUUUUGAGCCAAGCCUCCCAGCGGAAGAUAAUUUCAAAAGCAAAGUUGUAUUGUUGGCACUUUGUAUCCGUUUUCUAUAUUUUGUAAUACAAACCUGGGAAUUUUAGAAAAAAAAAAGCCGUCUGAAAAAAAAAAAACCAGAGCGAUGCAUUUCAUAGACACUAUAUUGAUAAUUUCAUUUUGAGCUUUUUUGUAACCAUUUUUAUGCUCCUUGUCGCAGGAAAAACUCGCUGACUCAAAAAUAUGAUGUUUUCUAAAUGUUUUAACCUUUGCAAUGACAAUAUUAUUUGAAGGUUUGUAAAAAAAAAAAAAAAAUUGAAUCAAAUGUAAUUGUUAAUGCGAUUCCAGAUGUAAUGUCAGCCCUCUCACCUGCCAGGGAACGUGGAAUCAACUUCCCAUCAUCCCUAACUGUGAAUGUCCAGGAAUGCAGUCCACACUUCCAGAGGGGCACAGAUGGGGGGAGGGAAGAAUCAAGAUGGCAGUUGCCACCACAUGCAACUACAAAGCCUGUGGGGGCUUCAGUCCAGCCAUCAUGGCUACCAUCUUGGCUUUCCAAACACCCCUCACCCCUCAGGGAGUCUGAUUUACACACCUCAAAGAAAGUUGACCUUCUUGUGAUUGAGGGUCCAGAUUCAGAAUGUUUAAAAAUGGAGCGUUUUCCCCCUACACACGCACACACACACCUCUGAGAGGAAUAAGUGCUGGCUACUUAAGGAAAUACUAUUCCCCCAAAGAUCUUAUUUCGAACCGUAUUCCCUGCCCCAGAUCUCCCUCGAAGGAAAAAAAUGUCUUAACGUUUAUUGCGUACCUGAGCCUGUGUUUUUGCUCUUGAUCUAUGGUGAAACUUGAUGGGGUGGGGGUGGGGGACUUCUUGUAGAGGAGAAGGGAGUGAAUUGAUGCACUGAAAAAGAGUCUUAGGGAAAAGGCUGAUGAACAAUUGAUGGAGUGAUUACAGCAGCCCCCGGGCCAGCUUACUUUUCUUUCAGGAUUCGGGGUUUUAGUUCUGAGAUACCAAAAUGUGUUUGGCUCCCCUCCUUCCACUUCAGUAAAAGAAGAGAAAGCAGAUGCCUAAAAAAAUUCCAGACUAUGUAAGAGAAAGCCAUUCCCCUUACAGGAACCCUCUGAGAGAAGAUGGGUGUAGUAGGCUUGUCCAAGCCCCCUCUUUGUUUACAUAAAAAAUAGUGUUCCUAAUGCCUGUAUCUCUGGAAACAAUACUGUGUGCUAAAGCCCUCCAAUUGGGUUAGACUUCAGUUCCCCUAAUCCUGAGUCAUCACCCUUGAUGGCUCAGGACUAGAGGAGUUGAUAUCCAAGGCAUUUUAGCGCAAUGGUUGCACUGGUUGAUUGGUCAAGGUAAGAAGGACUCACCUUCUAUUUGCUGAUUCCAUGUCAUUGUCCAUACUGACCUGGGAACUAGAAGAAGAAAGCUCUAAUUUCACAAGGAGACUAUGCUUAAGGAUGAACAGAGAGGGCUGGUCCAUUCCAUACCAGCACACAUGGGCUGGACUUUGGAAGGACUCUCACCUGGAGGUCACCAGCCUAAGCACUGCAGGGAGUAGAGACAGGAUCCCUCACCAUUGUCAAGCUUCAAAGACCAACACAGACAACACUGUGAUUCUUCUAAGAAGAUUUUUUUUAUUGUUCCUCACUUGUAGACAGAAUCUUGCCACACUAAAGCAAACUUCUUGCCCCAUCAAAUUUACUUGCCCUCCUUCUGGGAAUACAAACAAUAUCCCCAUCGCAGCCAUCUUCUGGAGGAGGGCAUCAUCCUCCUUAAUAGGGCCUUCAUCUCUUUUCACCAAAGAAAGGUGUGCACCAGGACAUCUUUUGGGAAUAAAGACGGGUGAGGCACCAGGCAGCAUUGCACUCAUGUGAUUGCCUUGCCUUGUUGCACACCAUAGUAUUCUACUUGGGAUGCCAAGGCGGGAUUUCUUUUGCUUUCUUUAACUUCUCCCCAUUCAAUGGGUCUUCUUCACCAUCAACAGAUGUAGGUCAUUCAUUGUUGCAAAUAUCUAGAGCAGCAUCCUGAACAAAUGGGGCCAUUCUCCACUCUCUCAGUAUCAGCAAAGUGGACAGGGAAUUGCUGUCACGUGCCAGGGCUCAUCCCCCUCCGCUUACACCCACCAGUCUAUCACCACUGCUGGACUGAGCCAGGGGCAGAUCUGUUGGACAUCCUGGGCAGAGUUCCUCAACUUCAUCACCUUUAAGCUGGGUGGAUUUCAGCUCCCAGAAUUCCCCAACUAUGCAGCAGGCGCUGAGAUUGAAAAACAUUGGCUUACGGCAAGAGGACUCAAAAUAUGUAGCCUUGCCCCUUUGUGCUUAGCAAAGACGGCAAUGAGUCAAAAUAUGCCAUGUCAAGAACACAUGCAAACGUUCAAGAGCCCAGUGAGAGGUCUGGAGGUCAAGAUCCUAUAUUGUAGCCCACAGGGCAAUUGGCAUCUACGUGGGUCCUUUAAAAAAUGCUUUCGAUGAUUAUGGUCCUGCUGAUAGGAAACAUGGUGGAAUGUCCGUGCAAGGAAGACCAAACCAAAACACCUGGGAGCCACGUGUGCCACAGACCAAACCAUUGUAAAAUAGAUGGGUUGGUGAUCCAUCGGCCCUCCUGUGUGGAAGUUCUAUGCAAAUAGAAAAUAAGCAGGGGAUAUGCAAUUGGAAUAGAAUAAUAGAAUCUUGGAGGUAUUCUAGCCAACCCCUGCCCAACACAGGAAUCCUUAUACCAUCCCUGUCUUUUUUCUCUGUUAUGAAAGAGGUUUCCUUGAAGCUAAGGCUCCCCGCCCACUUCCAAGUAGGUAGCAUUCACAUUGGUUUUCCCCAGAUGCAGUCAAGAGGUACGACUUUAUUUCCACAUGGAAUCCUCUAAAAAGAGGGGUCCAAAUCCCGAAUUAUCAGCUAAAGGAUUUGCAGUACUUUCAAUUCGCAUUUUUUUCUGCCUGUUGAAUCCCUAGCUGAUAAGCUAAAUACAUUUAUUUAGUAAAUGUAUCCUUAAAAUAAAUUUGACUUCCAUCUUUCUCUAUCUAAAUAAGUGUUUUUCAAACUUGGCCACUUUAAGAUGUGUAAAAAUCUAAUACUUUUUUUUCUUUGUUGUACUUUAUUUCAAUUUAUUUUUAUAAAUGCACUUCUUACUUUUUGUCUUUGAUAAUACAUGUAUUUUUAGCUUUGUAUUUUUUUCUUUUCUUUUUUAUUGUUUCAGAAACAAUCAAAGGAUUUUUUUAAAAAAAAGCUGGCUGGGGAAUUUUGGGAAAUGAAGUCCAUACAGCUUAAAGUGGCCAGUUUGAAAAACACUGAUCUAGACCUUUCUCCGUGUGUUCAGCCUUGCAAGGCUGGCCUGCAAUUAGCUCUCUGUCCUUUUUUUUUUUCUUAGUCAACCCCCCCCCAAGCUGCGGGCAUCCUUAAUCUCAACCUGCUCCCUGUUACAGUUCACCGCUAAGUGCUGUGCUUUCCAAAUGCCGUUUCUCAUAUUUUUGGGUGGUUUUUUUUUUUUUUAUCAAAUUCCAUUCAUCCAUUACACUGAUCAAUCUCCCUCCCUCCCUUUCACUCUGACACUUAUUCUCACACUUGCACACAGAGAGAGCUCAGAAUUCCUAGGGAAGCCAGUGUGUUUUGUGCCAACUUAUUCUGUUGGGGUUGGAUCUUUCUGCUACCUCAGCUCCUUGGCAUUCUCACAAGUCCUUUCUCUUUAUGCUUUGGCCAAAAAUGUCACAGCUGUGUUUGAGAUGUGCAUUGGAACAUAGAAUAACAAGGCGGAAAAGGACCUUGGAGGACUUGUAAUCCAACCCUUUGCUCGAGCAGGAGACCCUAGACCAUUCCAGACCAAUGGCUGUCCAGUCUCUUCUUGAAAGCCUCCAGUGAUGGAGCACCCACAACUUCCAGAGGCAAACUGUUCCACUGGUUACCUGUUCUCACUGUUAGGAAAUUUCUCCUUAGUUCCAGGUUGGGUAUGCCUUUUUAUCAGAAAUUGAUUAAAAGCCGUGUAAAUAGGGUCUCAGUCUUGGACUUUCUCCACAUUUCUUCUUUUUCAAACGUAUUUCCACAUCUUGCACAGCCACGUUUCCUCCUGAAUUUGAACUCCUCCCCUGUUCUCUGACCCCUUUCUCUUGCUUGCAACUGUUUUGUCAGUAGCAUCCAGCUAUCAAUCUCCAUUUUUAAUCUUUUCAGGUCAUUUAGCAAUGACAGGAAGAAAGGCAGAGGAUGCUAGACUGGCAGCCCUUCAGAGGAGGACGGGGCAGCCACAGCAAGAUCAUAGAGCAGAUAUGAAUCAGGGACCCCCAUCCUCAAAGGGGCUGCAGCCGAGCCAGCCUGGGAGGGAGGCACUUCAGGAAUUUUAAGGCACCUCUUUUGCGGAGGUCUCAAGCAGCCUUUCUCAACCUCAGCAACUGUAAGAUGUGUGGAUUUUACUCCUUCCAUGAAGAUUCGAAGGCAGAGCAUCCUUUUGAAAAGCUUUUCAGGAUUGUUGGAGAAAGGGGUUCAUUUUUCUCAGGGCUCAAUGGUGUUUCCCAGCAGAUUUUCCAAGAAAUGAGAACCUAUUUUCCUCUCCACCCGUCUGUGCCAAAAAGCAGGAAAUGAACCAAGGAUCCUCCUUUUUCAUUGCCUGUCGCUGUAUGACAAGGGGUUGUCUUCUAAACUGUGGACUGGAACACACGACCAUUUCUUGCGAUCUUAGAUUUAAUAUUUAAAUAUCAUAUUGCAGGUUGAGGCAAACAUCUGAGCAUCUGAUGAGCAAAACUGAGCAUCUCAGUUUUGACCGAUGCUCCUGUGUCUAAAUUAGGGCAUCCUUUUUCUAUCUGUCACUUUCCACAUGGGAAUCUGGUUAUCUUUUGGAAGGGAGAGCAGUGAGAUAACAGCCGGUAGGCACACAUGCACAAAUGCACGCACAUUCGCACACCCUUCACAACUGUUGCUUGAUGCUCAAGAAUCAGGGCAAAACACAACAUAGCCAGAAGAAGCUUUUUUCCCCAUGCAUGUCAGCAACAGGGGCAGCCGUGUCUAUUGUUUAUGUGAUGCAUCAUUUGAAAAGAGCUGCAGGCUGCCAUCUUGAUUUUUUUGACCAUACUCUGUGCAGACUCCCAGUUUAAAACAAUAUUCUAGAGAGGCUAUGCUGCCUGUGGCCUCUCCUCCAUUGUUACCCUCUGGGGAUUUGGGAAGUUGUAAUUCAUCACAUCUGGGCUGUGGUGAGAAAGGCUGCCUUAAGGUUCCCGUCCUUUGCUCAAGUGGAAAGAGGACUGCUGCGAACACGGAUUCCCAAGCCAGAGGAAGCCCCAAACGCUCCAUAAAAGUUAAAAGAUAUUUGGGGGGGGGAUGAUCUACCAAUGCACAUGUCUUGUCCCAGAUUUACCUCUGCUAAGGGAACUGGAAUAAAACUGGAAUAAUAAAACUGGAAUUAAUUUGCAUCGUAAGGCAUGCUUUUUCAAAAACUGCUUUCCCUUUUCUUGUAUUUCCUUUUUUUAAAAAGGCAGUUCUACAAGUAGUCCUCAAGUUACAACAACAAUCGGGACUGGAAUUUCAGACACAAAGCAAUGUAGUCAUUAAGAGAGCCACAAUAUCCGUCCAACUUGAUUUUAUGACCAUUUUUACCCCAACCAUUUGUCUGGAACGGUGUAGGGUUUCCUGCUUGAGCAGGAGGUUGGACUAGAAGACCUUUAAGGUCCCUUCCAACUCUUGUUAUUCUGAGCUGCAUAGUCGUUAAGUGGAUCACAUCACCAGAUUGUUACCUUGAUCUGCUUCCCCAACUGCUUGUCAGAGGCUGGCUGGGAAGGUCCCAAGUGUGAUCAUGUGACUACAAGACUGUAAAUGCCAGCCAGAUCAAAUUGCUAUCUCCUGACUGUGACGGUUACGCAACAGUCAUAACUUCGAGGGCAGGUCACGAGUCACUUUUUCCAAGGUGGUCAUAACUUGGAAUUGUUAAACAGUUGUAAGUUGAGGACUAACUGUAUUUUUCCCACCAGGUUCAUUUCUUUCCCACCCUUCUUGCUGCAGCGGUAAAUCUAAAGGCAUCUUUUAAAAUUAGGUCUGAACCCAGACAGGUGGAAGGGGUGACCCAGUCUUAACGUUGAGUCCUAUUGAGAGAAAUGGCCUUCCCAAAUUGGAAGUUCUCUUCAAGUUGGCCAAGGGCUGUGGGAACUCCUAGCCCUGUGGCUCUCAAGGAUGCUAGGAUGGAGAAGGCCUCCUUUGCAACCCAUCCCCAUCCUAUCAGAUAGCAAGGUGCACGGAGCAGCUCCCAUCUGGCACCUGAGACUGACAGCUUCUCCGAUUCCAGUGCAUGCUCUCUUUUUUCAAAAAAUAAACGCACAAAGGAGAUGGGUUAAAGUGAAUGGGGGGAGGGGGGACAUCUUUAGCUGAAGUAAGGCUGUGUACAUUCUGUUUCUCAGGUAAACAAAGGACCCUACGGACAUUGGAGAUUUGGCCUUGAAGGGUGGGGGAGGCCAAGGGGGAAAUGGGGCUGGACUGCGAGGGGAUGAUGACUGAGAGAUUGGCAUGGGAAGAAAAUGGAGCCUGCAAACACUGGAAGAGUUGGGUGGGGUGUUACAAAAGAGCCUUUUGAGAUGUAGAGCAGGGGUCUUCAAACUUGGCCACUUUAAGACUCGGGGACUUCAACUCCCAGAAUUCUGGGAGUUGAAGUCCCCAAGUGGCAUAGAACAUAGAAUAAUAGAGUUGGAAGGGACCUUGGAGGUCUUCUAGUCCAACCCUCUGCUCAAGCAGGAGACCCUAUACUAUUCCAGACAAGUGGCUGUCCAGUGUCUUCUGAAAAAGCCACCAGCCAAUGUCUGAAGGCAAGCCGUUCCACUGGUUGAUUAUUCUCACUGUUAGGAAAUUUCUCCUUAAUUUCAUGUUGCUUCUCUACUUGGUUAGUUCCCAUCAAUUGCUUCUUGUCUUGCUUUUUGAUGCUUUGUAGGAGCCCCUCAAAUAUUGGAACACUGCUAUCCUGUCUCCCCUAGUCCUUCUUUUCAUUAGACUAGACAGACAUACAAGUCUUAAAGUUGCCAUGUUUGGAGACCCCUGACGUAGAGAAAGGAGAAAGGGUUGUUCAAAAGCACAAAAGGGGGUAUAUUUUGAAACUGUGAGGGAGGCAACGAAGCCUCCAUUCAGCUGCUUUUUUCGUUCUGAGUCCCCUUCGGAAGCAGGGGAACCCCCUGCUCUCCUUCUGCAAUUCAGGGUGGGCCCCGCUGCCCCCAUUGCUUUGAAUGUACUGCUCCUUCGCUUCACUUUCGUAGAAUUAGAGGCACCUCUCUCCUGAGUUGCAAUUUAGGCGGGAUCUGCAGGGUGUGGGCAAGAAAGUCAAGAUGUCGGGCGCCACGGUGCCAUCUGGGCUCUGCCUGUGUUUGAGGUGCAUCACUUUGAUCCCAGCUGCCAUCUGGACUUCCUUGGCCGCAUCCUUGGGGACACCCCCGGUUGCCACUGUUUUACGGUGCUAACUUUGAUCGCCCCUCCCCCCAAGCAUUGAGGCGAAGCUACUUGGCCCUUGGAAUGAAUGUAACAUACCAAUUUCCGUUUAAUGGUGUACACUGCAAUUUUAACAUAUUUGUGAAUGAUUUGCCUUUUAUUUUUCCUUUUUUCUUUUAGAACAAGCUUUAUAUAUAUUCUGUAGAGUCAAUUGAAGUAUAAUUCUUAAGGAUCACUCUAAGACGCCUACAAAAUCUUGUAUAUUUUUAAGUGUGCCAAUUUGUAAAAUAUUUUGUAAGUGUAUAUUUUUCUUAGGAAAGUGCUGUGAAGUGUUUGUAUGUGUGCGGUUCCCCUUUUUGGCACUCCACCGAGGUGCUAAUAAAAGGAUGUAUACUUCAAAGGUUUCUGGUUUUAAAAACCAAAAUACAAAGAAAAAAAAUUAAACUUUUGUUGGGAAUUUUGUAAUAAAAAGAAAUGUUGUGAAAGAGUGUAGUGAUAUUGUGUAAAGGAAACUGGAAAAAAAAAUUUGUGAGCGCUUUGCUGUUUUAUAGAUCCUCCUGUAAAUUAUUCUUGUAAUAUUUUUGGUUUUGUUGUUCUUGUUGCAAAGGUUUUAAAUAUUUGUGACUGACUCUGUACGGUGAAAACGUCAUAUUGUUAACUUGCUGAGUUUUGUUAUAUUGUUUAUGGAAUAAAUAAAAAUAAAAAAAACUCAUUUUAAGAUGAAG